UUCCUCCUGCAGAGAGCUCCACGAAGCCCGAGUCUCUCGCCUCCUGCGCGCGGUGUGUGCGGAGAAAGCAGAGAAAGAAAAAAAAAAAAAAAAGCCCCAGACGUCACACGGACACAGGAGCAGCACCGCACUCCGCUCCCACAACACCACACGGGCUAACGGCUAAUGCUAACGAGCUAACGGGGCUAACGGGGCUAACGGGGCUACAAGCGGGCUACAUGCUCCGCCCUGAGCUCUCACCCACACUCCUCCGCCGAACCGAACCUCCCAGCAGAACCGAACCCGCCCCGGUGCCGGAACCGCCCGUCUCCCGCCCCCCGGAGCCUCUUUUUGCGGACCGCAGGAGGCCAAUUUGUCCGAGCAGCAGCUAGCCUAGCCGCUAACAGUGGGCAGCAGCUAUGGACGAACUGGUGGUGGAAGUGCGAGGGACCAGCGGGGCGUUUUACAAGGCUUUUGUGAAGGACGUCCAGGAGAAUUCGGUGACUGUGGCGUUUGAAAACAAUUGGCAGCCGGAGCGACAGAUCCCGUUCCACGACGUGCGGUUCCCUCCUCCGUCCGGAGCGCUCAAAGAGAUCAACGAGAGCGAUGAGGUCGAGGUUUACUCCAGAGCCAACGACAAAGAGCCGUGCGGCUGGUGGCCCGCCAAGGUCCGAAUGGUCAAAGGAGAAUUCUACGUGAUCGAGUACGCCGCCUGCGACGCCACGCUGAACGAGAUCGUGACGCUGGAGCGAUUACGGCCCGUCAACCCGAACAAAGGAGCCGCCAAGUCCACGUUCAUCAAGAUCAGGCUGGACGUACCGGAGGACCUGCGGCAGAUGUGCUCCAAAGAGUCGACUCACAAAGAUUUUAAAAAGGCCGUGACUGCGUUCAGCGUCACCUACGACUCGGAGAAGAAACAGCUCGUCAUUCUGUCCGUGAACGAGGUGACGACAAAGAGAGCCCAGAUGAUGAGCGACAUGCACUUCAGGAGUCUGAGGACCAAACUGUCUCUAAUGCAGAGGAACGAGGAGGCCAGCAGACAACUCGAGAGCUCCAGACAGUUGGCGUCCCGUUUCCACGAGCAGUUCUCGGUCCGCGACGACCUGAUGGGUUUGGCCAUCGGGACGCACGGGGCCAACAUCCAGCAGGCCCGAAAAGUCCCCGGAGUCACCAACAUCGACCUGGACGAGGAGACCUGCACCUUCCACAUCUACGGAGAGGAUCAGGAUGCGGUGCGUUUGGCCCGGAGUUACCUGGAGUUCUCUGAAGACGUCAUCAAAGUGCCCAGAAACCUCGUCGGGAAGGUGAUCGGGAAGAACGGGAAGCUGAUCCAGGAAGUGGUGGAUAAGUCCGGAGUGGUGAGAGUCCGGAUCGAACCUGAGAACGACAAAAAGCCCACGGCCUCCGUGGCGUCGGACGAGGACACCGUACGGAUGGAGGGAGGUGGAGACUCGUCAUCCACAUUGAGCGACUCUCACCUGGGGAUGGUUCCGUUUGUGUUCGUGGGGACGAAGGAGGCCAUUUCUAACGCUACGGUUCUGCUGGACUACCACCUCAACUACCUCAAGGAGGUGGACCAGCUGAGACUGGAGCGUCUGCAGAUCGACGAGCAGCUGAGGCAGAUCGGAGGAGCCGGACCGGGGACCGGCCCCAGGAACGCCAAGGACAAAGUCUACGUGUUCGACAACGGCAACAACGCGGGGAGAGCGGAGAGAGGAGAGCGAGGAGAGAGGGGGGAGAGGGGGGAGAGGGGGAGGCCCUACGGAGGGAGGGGCCGAGGACGCAGAGGAGCGUUCACAUCAGGCACAAACUCGGAGGCGUCGAACGCGUCAGAGACGGAGUCGGACCACAGAGACGAGCUCAGCGAUUGGUCGCUGGCUCCGGCCGACGAGCUGAUGACAGGAGGCGGGACUUUGCCCCGGCGCAGCGGCGAGGGCAGGAGGCGGGGCAGUGGGGCGGGGCUACGAGGGAGAGGAGGGAGAGGAAGAGGAGGGUACAAAGGAGAGGAGCUGCCGUGGGGAGAGUCCAGACCUCGUCACAUCAGAGACACAAAGUCCAGAGGUCCAGAGGACUCUUUACAGAUCCGCGUGGACGGAAACGAGCGCAGCGUCCAGCACUCGUCCAGAGGCGGCGGCGGCGGAGGCGGCGCUCCGUCCCACCACCGUCCAAUCAGAGGGCUGAAGAAGGACAAGCCGGACGCCCCGCCGCCGCCGCUCGUCAACGGGGUGUCGUAGGCGCCCCCUUCAGGACACUCACGGCACUGACAAAAAAAAAAAAAAAAACAGAAACACACCCACAACAACAACGACAACGACGACAACAACAACAACUCCGGCUUCUCUCGGUCCACUUUUACCGCCCUGGAUCUGCGCACCGCCGUUUUCAAAUUUCCAAAUGACUCUUUUGUUUUGUUUUUUUGUUUGUUUUGGGGCCGAAAGACUCUCACGCCCGGCACUUCCACACGAAAUGCAACUUAAAUUUACCAGAGUUCUGUUUCGUUGUUGUUUUUUUUCCUCGCAUUUAUUUCAAACGGAACUGUCGACGCCAGAACGGUUUAGAAAUUGUCGGGGGAAAAAAAAAGAAAAAAAAAAAGUGAUUUCUUUGUUGUAAAAAAUCGCUCUUGUACAUGAGGUCUGUAGUGUUGCCUUUUUGAACCGAGGGCGCGUGGAAUAGCGGUUCUCGGGAAAAUAGUCCAGGUUUUAGUCCAGGGAUAGACCGAGAAUAGUCCAGGUUUAGUCCAGGUUUAGUCCAGGGUCUGUACUUUAAACUUUAAACGUCUCUUACGCGGCUGUGAAUUCUUAGCAGUUUUAACGUGUUAUUACUGAGAAACUGAUUUUUACACGGAGUCCAAACCGAGUCGAGAUGUUGGAUGCAAAAAAAAAAAAAAAAAAAAAUAAAAAAAAAAAAAGCGAAAAAGCCUUAAAAUCCGAACGGGGAGGAGCAGCAGCCGAGCGGGACGACGGGGCCGCGCUCACACUGGGCUUCAAACUAACAAAGCAAAAACAAACAAAUAAACGGGGAAAAAUACUGUAUUUUUUAAUUUAAUCAAACUCCAUUUAUGAACUUAUCGAAACGUUGUGUAAAAAGAAAAACGAAAAGUCACUAAGGCAACUUCUGUGUUCACAAUAAAAAUGCUUUAUAGACUC